AUGGCCUCACCCACCAUCCCAACGGACCUAAAAUCCCGCCUCCAAGCCUCCUACAACGCCAUAGCACCCAAAUACAACGACUGGACCACCUCCCACGCAUCCACAAAACUACACUACCUCUCCCUCCUCCUCUCGCACUUAGACCCCCCAAGCACAAACAAAGAAAAAACCCCCAUUUCAGUUCUCGAACUAGGCUGUGGCCAUGGCCUCCCAGUAACACAGAAAUUACUCGAGACACCGCAUAUAAACGUCACAGCCAACGACCUCUCCACAACCCAGCUCUCCCUCGCGCGCUCCAACCUCUCAACUUCCCACCCUACCUCAAUUGAAAACAACAGACUCAACCUCAUAGCCGGCGACAUGCUCUCCCUCACCUUCCCUCCGGCUUCCUUCAACGCCGUAGUGGGAAUGUACUCACUCAUCCACCUACCACGGGAUGAACAAGUCGUCCUCCUUGGCAAGAUCGCUACGUGGUUGAAACCCGGUGGUUUCCUGCUUGCGAACUUCGCGGCGGAGGAGAGCGAGGGGAGUGAGAUUCAGAAGUGGCUUGGGGAGGAGCAGGGUUGGAUGUUUUGGAGUGGGUGGGGGAGUGAGGGAACGGUGGAGAGGAUUCAGAAGGCGGGCUUGGGGGUGCUGGUUAGGGAGGAGGUGGUUGAUCAUGAUACGGUUGGGGUUAGCUUUUUGUGGGUUUUGGCGAGGAAGGAAUGA